CCAAUCAGCGGCAGCGUCUUUUGCGCGCCCUACUUGCAAAGAUGGCGAUGGCUGUUGGCGCGCAGGAUGUUUGCAGAGCCGUUGCACAGUUCCUGGGUAGCAAAAUGUGAAUGCGGCAGGAGGAGGGUGCCAGCGGAAUGAGUCGGCGAAGGAAGCAUGCGGACAGUCCUGCCCGGAGGAGCACGCCGCGCAGGGCGGCAGCCGAGGAAUGCUGCCCGGCGGUGGAGCCGGGGUCCCGGUGGUCCCGGGCGGCCCGCGACUCCCGGCUCUGCCGGGCGGGAGCGCGGCCUUUGCGGCGGGAGCAGCGCCGGGCAGCGGCUGACGGUGGCCGGAGCCCCGGGGAAAAGUAUAAGACACCAACAAGAGUUGUGAAAACGGAUUUAUUAUCCUGUGCCUUCAGCUCUCCUAACGAUCCAGAUGGACAGACUGAUAUCUUCUGGGAUCAAAAUUCUCCACUGACCAAACAGUUAGGUAAAGGAAGAAGAAAGCAGAUUUCCAGUACAUACACUGAUGAGAUUUCACAUAUUGUCAACCGUAUUGCACCUCAGGAUGAGAAACCAGUGACAAAUUCCAUGCUGGGUGUGUGGAUUGGCGACACUGCUAUUCCUUGUACUCCUAGUGUAGCCAAAGAAAAGUCAAGAGUGAAAAUCAGCUGCACAAAGUUAAAAACACAAAAUCGAGAAAAAGAACUUAUGAAAUUGGCUAAACAGUUUGAUAAAAAUAUGGAAGAACUUGAUGUGAUUCAAGAGCAAGAUGUGAAGAAUCAUGAUUUUAUCCAGACAACUUCAGAAGUGGGACAUUUGCACAAUCUUCAAGAUUCUGCACAGACAGAGACAGAUGAUACAGUUCCUGAAAUCAGUUGUGCUCUAAUAAAGAAGCAAAUGGAAGGAAACAGCAGGAUAUCUUUGGCAAAGGAGCAAGACAGAAUUCAGAAAACCUUUGACCAAAAUGUUGAAGCAGCCCUUAAUGCUAUUUUUGAUGGUUCCACUCAGAUGUGUAGUGGACAGCUAAGCCAAGAUCUGCCGGAUGCUUUUGUGAACAAUAGUAAAACUACCUUUGUAAAGCAAAGAAGCUUAAUAGAAGAGGAAAUUACUAAUGAAACUCUGCUCACUGAAAACUUGCCAAAUAAAACUCUGAAAUCACCUUCCCCUCAGGUAGAUACUGCCUUACUGCAGAAAUCAUGUGUGACUCCCUGUGCAAAGAAGCCAGAAGCUUCGAAUAAACAUCUUGAUGGGUUGACUACUAGUGAUUUUGAGGACGAUUGGGAAAGCUUACUAGGCAAUGAACCUUUCCUUAUGGAAAAUGCUGAAAUGCUUGAACUCUUUCCUUCUACAGCUGCCCAAGUUACUGGUCAGAAGGCAGUUUGUACUGUUAUUGCUCAAAAUGAUACAAUCACGUCAACAACAAAUAUGAAUCUAGGUGGAAAGUUAAGAGAUUCAAAAGUAACUCUGGAUCUUCCAUCAAAGACAUGUAACAGAGAACUAAGAAAUUCUGAAGGAUAUAGGUUUUUAUCACAUCCAGGUGAUGAAUCUAGCAAGUUACCAUUAACUGUAAGUAAAAUGAGGUUUGAGAAAUCUUUCAAUAACAUUAAAAAUGAAGGUUGUGUUGAUGUCUCUAAUCUUACAAGAGUAAAAGAAGAUAGUCACAAGUGUACAUUGAAUGUGUGUGCUUCUGACAGUUCUGGUUCCUACUCAAGAUACCCUAAUGAAAAAAAUGUUAACCUGCCUUUGAAAGCACCUAUUAUUGAUACUGCCCCCCUUGGUUCUGUAUCCUUGGGUAAAGAAAACAGUGUUUGUAAUGCAAAUCAGACUAAUGGAUCAAAGUUCAGUUCUUCCCUUGAUGACUGGAAUGAUCCUUUGGUGGCCAGUGAAAUGAUUAAAGCAUGCCAUGAGUUAGAGACUACGUGGGAAGCAGAUGAUGUGGAUGAUGAUUUGCUAUGUCAGGCAUGUGAUGACAUUGAAAGACUAACUCAGCAAGAAAACAAGGGCAGCAAGGAAGCAGAAAGUAUAAAUAACACUCCCAAACACAGAUCCAGAAAUACUUGGACUGCAUCUAAACGAGGAAGCCAGGCAGUGCCUUCUACACAUUGGAAUCCUGUCAGUUCCUCAGUGCCUUCAUCCUUACCAAAGAACUCACUGAUACAUCAAUCAGUAAAGGUUUUGGAAAAAAGAGACACCUGUGGAGAUUAUCUCAAUAUUUUGGAUACUACAACAAAUUUGUCUGUGUGCCCUAAGAAUUCAAAUGAUCAACAACAUGUACCAGUACAGAUGAAUAGCUCAAAAUUUAUUCUUGCAGGAAGUUCAAGUUUGAAUGUUAGUUUGGGUCCUAGGAGCACAGAAAUUGCUACUAAUAUGAAGUUGAGUACUCAUCAACUAUCCCACGGCACCUUAGCAGAUAAAGCUCAGAAUGACAGCAAAAUACAGAAGUUUUCAAAAUUUACAUUUAAGACAAAAAAUCCACAGUUUCUUUCUCAGUUACAUCGUAUAGCAGGAAGUAUGCCUGUUAGCAAAAUCUUGCAGGAUUUUGGAAAAAAGGAAACUGUCAAUUCAUUGUUUGAGGCUAAUCAACAGCAAUCUUCAAUAAAAUAUUCUGAGUCUUUGAAACCAUCUUCUAAAGGUGAAGAAGAGAGGAACAGGAAGUACUCCCCUGAAGAAAUUCAACGGAAAAGGCAGGAAGCACUGGUUCGAAGAAAAGCCAAAGCACAGGCGAACCCUGCUGUGUGUUCGGCUCCCAUUGCACUGCUUUGAUGGAAUCUGAGUCAGACGGUUUCACAGUUGUUAAUAACUAUCUAUGAUAGGACUUCUGAUCAUGAUUUCUCUGUGAGAAAUUUAAUGCUUCUACUUUAUUAUUUAAUAAAUCAGUGUUUACAAUGGUAAAUGAAACUUUCUUAGAGAUGUAUGUGAAUUAUGUAUAAGUUUUUGAAAAGUUACCAGUUUUUUUAUGUACACACACACAUACAGAGGGAAGUACUUGUCUUUAUUACUUACAAUAGCAGCUGAGCAUCAGAAAUAAGACAGCUGUAAAGCUUCUAAAAGAUUAAAAUAACUAAGCAGUAACUUAGUUUUGUAGUGUCAUUUUCAGUUACUUAAGGUUUUUUAUACACUGACAAUUUUUAAUUAAUAUUCCCAUAUUCUUAGUGGCCUUGCUGAAAUGUAGAGAACUUCUAUUUAUUUUUUAAAAAAUUAUUGUUUUCAGUUAUUAACCAGAAGUAGGUUUAAAUUUUAAUUGUUUCUAAGUGUGAUUCAAUUUGAAAACAUUUUGCUAUUAGAAAAAACACAGAUUGGCAUUAUGUCUAGUUUAGCGCAAAAAAAAAAAUAGAUUAAGCUAAGUAACAAAGCAUCACUUGUCUUUAUGACUUAUGAUAGCAGCUUUUAGAGUUAGAUAGAACAUUUAGAAUUGGCAGAAACACGUGUCAUCUGAUCCAGCUUCUUUAUCAUAUAGGUUAGAUAGAACAGGUCAAGCUGUUCUUUUUCUUUAUGUGCAUGUGUGUUUCAGUCAGGGUCUUGCCAUAUGGCCCAGGCUGGCCUUGAACUCUGUCACCCAGAUGGCCACAAACUAACAGUGAUUCUCCUGCCUCAGUCUCUGGGUGCUGUGAGUACAGAUAAUCUACCACUAUGCCCAUUCAUGGUGUUGCUUUCAACGUCACAGACAAAUUAAACCUGCAUGUAUGUUAGAAUUUAUUUUUCUGAACAUCUAAACAGUUGCAUAAUGUGCUUCAAUCUAUUAGUACUUAAAAUAAUUUGGAGGAGCAUUAACACUGAAAUACAAUCUAAAGUACAUUAAGGACUGCUUAUUAACAGUGCUCAUAUACAUUCUUUAUUUUAAAGAAUUAACUAAUCUUUUCCAGGAUUCAAAAUUAGACUUUCUAUUCUCAGUUUUCUUAUUAUUGUAAUUUCCCUUCUAAUUAAUUAUUUAGCAUCAUUGUUUUUUCUCUCUGUCAUCCCUGCCCCCUUUUUGUCUUUUAAAAAAUGAGCCAGUAAUACAAGCCUUAACUAGAGGGGAGGGCAUAUGGCAGUAAGGAUGCUUGUAUUCUAAAUGACUUUUAGGAGACAUGAAGAAAAGUUCAGCUAUGAAACACCCGUCUUGAUGAGGUGUUCACUAUUGUUCAGGUAUCUUUGAGCUGUGACAAUCUGAUAGUUAUUAUUAAGUUCGUAUCAUUUUUCAGAUGUUUUAUACAUACAAAUAUACAUUUAUAUAUACAUACAUACACAGUAAGGUAGAUUUUAGUUGUUCUGUAUUAGUUACCAAAGAGUAUAUUAUUAAGACCUAAAUAAAUACUGCAAGUUUUUAUGUCAGAAAGUGAAUGGCCUGCUUUUCUAGCGAGCCUUCAGUCUGUUCCAAGUCUCUCUGUCUGCUCCAGCUCUCUUGGCACUUGUUUUCUAUGGAAUGCGUUGAAGUCAUUCUGCCCAUCCUUUUACACUGGCCUUGUGUGUCUGUUUCUUUGGAACUCAUAGCUGACCAUCUUCGCUAGAAUUGAUUUCUUCUAAGUGAUCUCUUUAUCUUCCAUGGAAACUUUAUGAAAGCACCUCUGGAUGGUGGGCAUGUGCUAGUCCAUCAGACUACCCCUGCUUUCAUACCACUCUACUAUCUUCAUUCCCUAAAUGUCGCUGGAAGCACUAGCUUGCGAAGAGCUGCCUAGUUUGCAUCGGUUGGCACAUUUCCGGUCUCCAGGGACAUUGUCCGCAGAAGUCAGAGGGGCAGCUGGUAGGACUGGAAGCAGUAUUCUGUUGCAAGCUCUUUUGCCGAUUUUGCUUCACUGAAAAUUAGUUCAGCAAGACCAUUAUUAAAGAGAAGAGCCUGUUGCAGCAUUUAGACAACUGACUGCAAGAACACUUAGGUUAGUUAUUGCAGAAAUAGUUUUAUGUAGUUAUGAACCACAUUUUUUUUUUUUUUAGUAACACACUAGCACCUUUUAAGUUACAAAGAACGAGUACCUUCCUCUGCCUUUGUCUGCUUACUACUAUAUGUGAUGGCUACUAAUUAUAUUUUGAAUGAUUUGAAGUCAGAUUCUGCUUGUGGAUUUCUUGUUUCACUUAAAUCAUUGUAACUGAUUCAUUGAGUAUUCAAGUUGGAAAACGUUUCUUGGAACAGUUUAAAUUUUAUUUAACACUUAUUUGAUUGAAGUGCUAAACUGAAUUUAAAUUGUUCACAUUUGACUGGUUUUCAGCUUUUGGCAAUGUGAUCAUAAGCACUUGUGGAUUCACAAAGCAGCAAAUGUGCCUUCUCUUAGGUGUCCUAAGUGGACACAUGUAGGUGUUGAUUUUAGAGUUUUGUCUUUUCAAAGUCUGUUUGUCUAAUAAAUCAUAAUUGGUGAGUUUCAUUUAACUUUGCUAAAUGUUUUACUUACAGAAUAGCUUUAAGCUAUUUAACUUCUCAAUACAACCAUAUAAUGGAACACUUCUGUUCCUGUUUUAUAUGAUACGGAAAUUUAGUAAGUAGAUUAAAUGACAUUCUUAAACCCAUAAAGUUAAUAGUCUAAUACCAAAUGUUAUGAUUUAAAAAUUCCAUAAUCAAAACUUGGAAACCUGAUGCCAAAAUAGGAAGUCACUGUUGUAUAUCCUACAAGAGCAAACAAGAAGGCCUUGUGUUGGGAGAAUGUCUGAACUUACAAGUAAGGCCUUUGUGACAGAACACAAGUGCAGUAAGGAGUCAUUAGUCACUGGUUUGACUUUACGUGAACCACUUUUCCUCUUCUCAGGUGAUGCCACACUGUUGAACAACCUACACAGAACAUAAGUAAAAACUAUAGUCACCUUUAGCAGCAUGGCAAUUUUAUAUCCAUAAAAUACAAAUUCAGACUUUGAGCUAGCCAUUUUCUCUUUAUUUUUUUCUUUCUUCUUAAGAACAGAUGUAGUAAAAUUAGCCAAAGGGAAGGCCAGCUCAUAUGAGGGCUUUAUUGUUUGGUUUGUAGUAAAAUUUAUUAAGAAGGUAGAGCACCAAUGAAAAAUAAAAUCAUGUAAAUAGUUGAAUUUCACAUUUUGGAAAAAAUGUCUGUUCUGAGCCCAAUCACUUCUUCCCUUAGUAGCACAGGAGCCUAUUACAUAAAGGAACUGAGGGAAGAGUUCCUGCAAGGGGUUGGGGUUAAUCUCUCCUUUCAAAACCUUCCCUGUUUCUUUUGGUGAAUACUUCACAGUGAAUUCAGCUUGACCAGCCAGGUGAUUGUGAUGCCACACCCCUGGGCGAUGGCCAUUGUACUUUGUGAUCCAUGAGUGUUUCUAGUGUCUGACUGGUAAUAAAAUGGUAUCAGUAAUGGCAACCUCCAA